AUGCCAAGAACGAGGCGGCGUGGCGGUGCAUAUAUUCGCACGCUGCGCGACGCGGUUGGCUUGCCUCCGUCGUCAUCGUCAACGCCCCACCGCGCAGCAAACAAAGUACAAGGAGCUGCAAAUAUGGACGACACACAGUCACUCGAAGCCGUAUCCGACAUUCUGAACCAGAUAUCCGAAAAACCCCUCGACAUUGGUUUGCAUCUCCGGCACAUCGAACUCGCCAAUAAGCUCGAUGAUCUUGAAUCCCAGUUAUCUGCCUUCCAGAUGAUGGCAGACUUCGUCGCCGUUGGUGAUGAAGUAUGGCUGCCUUUGAUUGAAGCAAGAGAAACCUCCGUAGACUUGGAGACGGAGGAGGGUGUUGCAGAAUUGUUGCAGUUGUUCGAACGCGCCGAGAGUGAUUACCUAUCUAUUCCCAUUUUACAGAAGCACUUGAAGUUUAUCCUUGACGGUCAUGCUCGAUAUACUGGGGAGGAUGCCGUACCUAAACCUGCAACCUUGGGAGAGGUCUUCUCAACUGGCUGGAGUUUGGUCCACAUUGAGCAGAUCGUUGCUAAAGGUAUCUCCCACUUGAGCCAGAGUCGUUUGCUGUUCGACGCGCAGCGGGACUGGCUUUUGGAACAAUUGGAAACCUCGUCUCCGGAAGACAGGCCAAUUCUCCAGGAACACCUCGAAACACUGCUCAACGUCCGUCUGAAGCAACCACACUCGAAUUCGGACGAGACCUUCCAAACCUACUCGUCCUUCACAACGAAAUACAAGUCUCCUGCCGAGUAUGAGCAACUCAUGGUCGCUGCUUCCAAGGUCAGGGGAGCGAGUGUCAAAGCUUAUGAACGGCGGGAUUCCCUCGAAACCUCUCUCACACAGUCCAACAAUUCGCUCGACUCAUUCGCACAAUACAUCUCUUUCGAGAGGAGAGCCAGGUAUCCUGAUCUCCUCUCGACGCGGGGUAUAUAUGAACGCGCCAUCACUGAAGCCGCGAGUCGAAGACACAAGGGCGAGCAGGGAUCAGAGCAAGCGCUUCGAGCUUUCUGGGCGGGUUAUUUGGACGCAAUGAGGAUUCAAGAUGUUGGAAUCGACGUUGAGCAAGUACUGUACACUCGCGCUCUUCGCAGCGCUCCUGCUAGUGGAGAGGUUUGGUCCCGAUACAUCCGGUUCUUGGAACGCGCUGCCAAAUCCAUGGAUACCGAAGGCCUGGAAUCACCAGCGGACGCGUACAGUCGAGCCAUUUCGAGCGGUGCAAUGUCCGACGUUGAGAACAUUAUUUCGGUCACCCUCGCCUAUACAGGAUGGGAGAAGAGACGAAUCGAGGCCCAAGACCCUCCAGACUACGAUGACCUACCAAACCUCAUUGCAGCAGCCGAGAGUGCUAUCGAUCUAGUGCUCAAAGCCGACAAGGCGGGCGACCCGAAGUUCAGACUUGAGAAGUUCCUAGCUGGCCUCGGUGAUGUCGGUCUCGUUGAGGAUGCGGUCAAGGUGUGGAAGGCCGCCUCCAAAAAGCACAAAGGGAACUACGCCGUAUGGCUGAAUUACACCGAGACUCUCAUCAAGCACAAAAACUUCGAGGAAGCACGAUCCGUGUUCACAGAGGUGCAUACCAAACGUAUGGACUGGCCGGAGGCAGUCUGGGAGGCAUGGUUGUCGUUCGAACAGUUGCAUGGGUCUGUCGAAACCAUCGACUCUUGCUUGGAUAAGAUCGAGAAGGCGCAGGCUCAGCUGAACUUCUACAGAGCCAGGGAAAUGGAGAAAGCAUACCAGAAUCAACAACAAUAUGCAGCAGCUGCGCGAGCAUCUGCUACAGAUCCAGCUACGGAUGCUAUGAACGUCGACGCGCAGCGACCAAGCGCGCCAGAACCUUCUGCAAUGGAUGUCGACACUCCUGCUAUCUCUUCUCUGGACUCAAAGAAACGGAGGACAGACGAGGACGAACCCAGCGGCGAAACCUCAAAACGAGCAAGAUUUGAAACCAACCCUCCGGCGUUGAAGCGGGACCGUGAAAACACCACCGUCUUCGUCGCAGAUUUACCAGAGCAAGUCACCGAAGAUGAAUUGAAGUCCUUGUUCAAAGACUGCGGUUCCAUUCGAGAGGUCAAGAUCACCAAGCUGCCAAACGCUGUCGUCGCUCUUGUAGAGUUCUUUGAACGGGACAGCGUACCCGCAGCUUUGACCAAGGAUAAGAAGAGGCUUCAAGGACAAGAAAUUUCCUAUGGGAUGCUCUUUGAUGUCAGGUGGCCCAGCAAGAAGUUCAAGACCACCCGUCGCUUCUGCUACGUCCAAUUCACGUCUCCAGAUGCUGCCCAACAGGCGCUUGAACUACACCGCAAGGAACUUGAACCCAACCUACCUCUGAAUGUGUAUAUCUCCAAUCCUGAACGCAAGAAGGAAAGGACCGACCAUGAUGCGAAUGAGCGCGAAGUUUAUGUCGCUGGUCUCAGCAAGUUCACAACCAAAGCUGAUUUGGAGAAGCUAUUUGCGACGUAUGGUAAAGUCAAGGACGUGAGGAUGGCUACCGAACAAGAUGGCCACGCAAGGGGCUACGCCUUUGUGGAAUACGAAGAGCCGCAAGACGCUAGGCGAGCGCUUGACGCAAACAAUUACGAGCUGAAGAAACGCCGAAUUGCAGUGACCCUUGCGGAUCCUCGUGUGCGCGCGCGUCAUAACAAGUCGGAGACCGGCCUCGGACGCAACGCGGAAAUUCGAAGCCGAUCCAUCCGUGUUCGAAAUCUGCCUCCCAACACUCAAGAAGGUCUGCUGCAGCAAACAUUCGAAAAGGUUGCAGCUGUGCGUCGGGUGGAAGUAUUCGCCGACAAGAGAGAGGCUGCGGUGGAGCUGGAGACCGCUGCGGAGGCUGGAAAGCUACUGCUGCGCACUGAACCUUUGGUUUUCAACGAUGUCAUUCUGCAGUUAUCGGAGGAAGGCAAAGAUGGGGCACCAGCCAGGCCUGUCGCACCACCGCCGAAGACCGGCGGUUUGUUUGUCCCGCGCAAGGCCGGCGCUGCUUCACGACCGCGAGCUGGUCUUGGAUUUGCGAGAGCCCCUCCUCCCGCAGAAUCAAGUGGCUCAGGAGCCUCAAAUCAGGCUAACAAGGGGCAAGAUGACUUCCGCAAGAUGCUCGAGGGGGAAAAGUAG